AUGGCUAAGUUAGUGCAUAAUGUUCAGAAGAAGCAGCACCGUGAGCGGUCUCAGGUGAGCGAGCGGGCCCGGUUUGGGUUCCUCGAGAAACACAAGGACUACACGAAGAGAGCGCAGAAUUUCCACAAGAAACAGGCGACGCUCAAAGUGCUGAGAUCCAAGGCGAAAGAACGGAACCCCGAUGAGUACUAUCAUGCCAUGCAUAGCCGCAAAGUCGAUUCCAACGGGGUUCUGGUCAAGUCCAGGCACGCCAACGGCGAAGACCCCUCGUUGACGAUGGACCAGGUCAAACUGCUCAAGACACAGGACAGCAACUACGUGCGGACCAUGCGCCAGAGCGAGCUGAACAAGGCGAGCCGCCUCUCGCAGCAGCUGAUGUUCAAGGCGAGCGGCCAGCACACAGUAUUCGUCGAGGACGAGGAUAGCAUGCGCCAUUUCACACCGGAGCAGUAUUUCGAUACCACGAGCGAGAUGCUGCAGCGGCGGGAGAACCGGCUCACCAAGGACCAGCUGGCGCGCACGCCACUUGAGCCCUCCUCCAGCAUAAUGCCGUCCGAGUCGCUGCAGAAGAAGAAAGUGAAGAAGAUCAAGAUGGUGGCACAGCAUCUCGACCGCGAGAAAAAGCUGCAACAAGUGUACCAACGCAUGGACCUGCAGAGAGAGUUGAUGAAAAAGGGCUCCAAGAAGAAGGUGGCGGAUUCCAGUGGCGCUGUUUCCUUCAAAUGGAAGAAGCAGCGUAAGCGUUAG